AUGGCAUAUCCAUAUUAUAGUGGAGCAUUUUGGCAACCCCCACCUGUAGCGCUACCACUUGGUGGUACUGGUGCUCUUAGACCACUUAAUGAAGAAGACUUAAAUAUUUGGAACAUGUAUGAACAACAUUUGAAAAAGAAAAUACAAGCUCAAUUUAAUCUAUCCAAUUAUCAUCAUCUUCAACCAGUUCUAGUUGCUACACAAACGGUUGCCGGAAUUAAUUAUUUUUUCAAGGUCGAAUUACCCUAUAAAAAAUAUGCAACUGUUCGUGUUUAUCAUAUUCCAUGGGAUGUUAGUACACAUGGUAAACCAGAACAAGUUGAUGUGCAUGGCAAACUUCUUGAUAAUCCUUAUGAAAAUGUUGCUUAUUUUUAA